AUGACAUCUUUAGGUGCUGUUCUUUCUCUUAUGAAUACUAUAUACAAUAUUCUCCAUUGUUCUCGUUUUAGCCUUGAUGUUCGCUCUCAACAAAUCAUACAAGCCCUGAUCAACGAGUUGCAGCCUUGGCCCCAAAUUCUGGAAAGAUUGGACAAAACGAAGCCAAGCCGGAGCAGGAAGAAGGUGAAUGCUCUGGAUGGAAGAAUCAAAGAGGCAAUCUGGAAAUUCGAAGACUCAUUAGAAUCCCUUCUCACUCAACACAUUACUUCUUCUCAACUCGAAACUCUUCCGGAGAUAGUCUCCAUUGAUCUCCAGAGUUUGGAAAAUGAAUUUCAUUCAUUUAUCCAGAAACUCAAGAAUAUGGAGAAGGAGUACAUCUACGAAGUGGAGAAUAUGCCUCAAGACGAACCUAUUACCUCGUCAAUUGGUUUCCAUGGAACCAACUCAAAUAUGAUUGGAUUAUCUGACCAAUUUCAGGAACUCAAAACUGAACUUAUGAGAGGUGAUCGCAGCAGCCAUUGCUUCCACGCACUUCGUGGAACGGCAGGAGUUGGAAAGACAACUCUUGCUAUGCAAAUAUAUCAAGAUACAGAUAUUCAGAGCAAAUUCGAGUGUCGCGUGUGGGUCCCGUAG